UCACUCAGCCCUCACACACUGAGCCUUUUGUCAGAGCACUGAUUGAAGAGCUGACAUCAUGGCCUGUGCUAGGAGGGAAGAGGACUGGGCACGAAGCAUCAGCGAGUGUGAGUGAGUUAGCAACAUCGAGCAGCAACAAAACAACGUCAAAAUGAGUGUCAACACUGUGAAGUUUGCUGUGGUUGUCUUUGGAUUGUCUCUGACCUUCUCCUCGGCCACCCAAUUGGGCCUGACUGACAAAGCCCUGGUCUUUCCUUAUGAGACGGACUUCAGCUUCGUGGCCCUGAUCCCGCAGAAGGAGAUGGGGCUUAAGGCCUUCACUCUCUGUAUGCGUGUGGCCACCGAGCUGCCGGAAGAGAGGCAGAUCAUCCUGUUUGCCUACCGCACCGCCGACUAUGACGAGCUCAACGUGUGGCGUGAGAAGGAUGGACGCAUCUCCUUCUACAUGAGUGGGGACGGCGCCUUCUUUCACCUGCCGGCCCUCACAACCUUCCGCACCAGCCUCUGCUUGACGUGGGAGUCUCGCACUGGCCUCACUGCCUUUUGGGUGGAGGGGAAACGCAGCACCUACCAGGUCUACAAACCCGGACACACCAUCCGUCCAAAAGGAACCGUCAUCCUGGGGCAGGACCCAGACAAACACCUUGGGGGUUUAGAGGCCGUGCAGAGCUUUGUAGGGGAGGUGGCCGAUUUAAAUAUGUGGGACUUUGUCCUGUCCAGGAGCAUGAUCCAGGCCUGGCACUACGGACACAAGGUCCCUAAGGGCAACAUCUUUGACUGGGCCACUAUCGAGUUUGAGCUGAACGGGAAUGUGAUGGUGGUGGAUGAUGACUGACUUAGUGUGGAGUCUAAUGCAGAGAGAGAUGAGGCUUUAAAGAUCUGUGUUGGACUGAUACUGAUAUGCAUGACUGUUUUCCUUAGAUUCGGUGUUGCAUUGUGUUAGGGUCCCUCAAACGUUCACAAGGUCCACGAGUCUGUUUUGAUGUUGCACAAAGAACCUUUUGUUGAGAAAGGGAAUAGAAAGGAGAGGUGUUUUUGGGAUGGGGGUUAGUUGAACAUCCUCCCUUAUGUAACUUGGAACUAGCAAAAUGUAUUUGCAACAAAAGGCAAAUACUUGUGGUAGUCAGUCACUCCUUUGUGUGUUAAAGCUUCAUUCUUUGAUUGCUGUGAGAACAAACCAGUUAGUAUCAUGCACCAAAUGUUGGUGUGCCACAUGUAUCCAUAGGGUGGCACCAUCUACUAGUUCACAUCAGACAUCGCUAAUGUUGAGCCGUUAUGUUUAUGAACUGAUGCUACUGAUGAGACCACCAAUAACUGAUGAAAAAAGUUAAGAAGAAAAUAGUUACAACAAUCCAGUUCAAAUACAUUUACAGGCAUUUUAGCAAAUAAAAUUGUCAAAUAAUGUCAGUUUACACUGUGAUGAUGCUACAAUGUGUUUAAUGUGCAUAAUGUUAAAAUGAUUUAAUAUUAUUCAAAUUGACCACUGCAGUGCAACUAAAUAAGAAAUUUACAGGCAUAAACUGAUUCUCAGAUAUCUCCUCUCUUUUUGCCAGGAUUUAAGUUUUUGUAACCAACUGUCAUGCGUGCAUUUAGUAUACAUUUGUGUGUCCAGUGAUUCUGAUGGUUAAAAAAGAAAAAAGAAAAAAAGAUGUUAGCACAGCAAACUGUGAGAUGCAUUAUUUCUACUUUAAUGAUUUAACUGCACUCAGAGACAAACAGCAAUUAUCGUGUUUAAAAUCCAUUGCCAUAAUGUUGCCUUCGGUUAGUCGGCUACUCAUGAAUUUUCCAUGUUCCAACUGAUGCAAGAACGCUUUUGGGUCUGAAAUAAAAAUCUUGGCAUGUGCAUAACUAAUAAUGUUUGUAAUUAA